UUUCUCACACUCCUACCCCAUCUCAGUCCUGCCUUUCUCUUCCCUCUCUGCUGCUUUGUCUUUUUUUUUUUUUUUUUGCUGCUGCUGCUGCCUGCCUUCCUGCACCUCAAGUCAGCUGAUAGGCUUUGCCAAACUGUGAAAAGAGAAAGACGCUACUGCUUUGAUGAUUUAAGGGCAUGAAACAAGUCUGUUCUUGAAAAGAUAAUAGGGUCUCAACAAUUCACAACGGCAAAUAUGCUUCAGCAACUUCAGGAGAUGGGCUCGCACGCCCUGGACAUCUACAACUACCUCGUGGCAGGAAUUGAUCCACGAAUAAAGGAGUACCCGUUGAUGCGGAGUCCUGUUCCCAUGACUGCAAUAUUGUUGGUCUACCUGUUUUCCAUAAUGUACCUGGGACCCCGCAUUAUGGCCAACCGGAAACCCUUCCAGCUGAAGGAGCUCAUGAUAGUCUACAACUUCUUGCUGGUGGCUCUGUCAAUUUACAUUGUGUAUGAGUUUAUGAUGUCUGGGUGGGUUACAACAUAUACAUGGAGAUGUGAUGCAAUUGAUACCUCCGACAGUCCUCAAGCUCUACGAAUGGUCAGGGUGGCAUGGCUCUUCUGGUUUUCAAAAAUAAUUGAGCUGAUGGACACAGUCUUCUUUGUGUUGAGGAAAAAGCACAGCCAGAUUACCUUCCUGCACAUCUUUCACCACUCCUUUAUGCCAUGGACCUGGUGGUGGGGGGUAUGCUACGCUCCUGGUGGAAUGGGAUCUUUCCAUGCUAUGGUUAACUCCUCAGUCCACGUCAUCAUGUAUUUCUACUAUGGCCUUUCUGCUGCUGGACCACGUUUCCAGAAGUUUUUGUGGUGGAAGAAAUAUAUGACUGCCAUUCAGCUAAUCCAGUUUGUCCUGGUCUCUCUCCAUGCCACCCAGUAUUACUUUAUGGACAGCUGCGACUACCAGUUCCCCACCAUCAUUCACCUCAUUUGGAUGUAUGGCACCUUCUUCUUCAUUCUCUUCUCUAACUUCUGGGUCCAGGCCUACGUGAAGGGCAAGCGGCUCCCAAAACAGGACAUCAAGCAACAUAAGAAUGGCGCCGUAGCGUACUCAAACGACAAGCAUCACGAGAAUGGAAAAGUUUGCGAAAACGCCAAAUGCUACAAGAACGGCAGCAGUAAUGGCAUCCACCAACACUCAGCCACCGACGGUACCAGCAAUGGCUCCACCCACUAUGAGAAUGGCUGCGCCCACAAUGGCAAGAUGAAGAAAGCUUAGAGACUUUGGAAGGAAGUACCACCUAGUCAGCUUGUUAAAACAACUAUGGAUUCCAAAGAUAAUUUGACUGUUUUACAGUUUUUUUUAGUUUAUUGUGUAAAACAUGGGAGAACAAUGUGGUCAAUGACUUCCACAGCUGGGGUUCCACACUUGGUUAGUUGGUUUGUUGGUUUUUUGUAUUGUGAACCAGCUAUUGGUACAUGAUGUAUGAAGAGAAGAUGUUUAAAAUGUUAUGUCUUCACUGAUGUUGAAAGCAACCUCAUAGUUCAGUAUCAUACAGGUGACCUUUUAGCCCAUUUGGUGACCUAUCUGACCCCUUCUGUGGACAGUAGACUGUACAGUUUGUAUUGAAAAAAAACAAAACAAAACAGUUUGUAAAUAGUUUUACAGAAAGAAAAAAAAACUAAUUAUAUUGGUGUGCCUUCUAAAUUUUGUUACCUUGUGUAUUUAAAAUUUAAUUGCCAAUAAAUUCAGUCCUAAAUUA